CAGCGCUCCUUCACCCGGAAGCAGCUGUCCAGUCACCUCUGUGCCUCCGCGAGGGAAAAAUAGCACGUUUUUAUCGUCUUCAUUGUUUGAUUUUAAAGCCUGAAUCUCCACUCAAACCAGUUAGAUAAAGCCACCAUGUUGUCCUCACGAAACCCUCUCUCCGUCAACAAAGACUCCAACCUCGACAAGCAGAUGAGCAACAUGGCAAUCAACAAAGAAAACACGCCUCCCAGUCUGAACAGUACCCGCAUCUUGGCGUCCAAAACGGCGCGGAAGAUUUUCAGCGACGGCGCGUCUCCGUCUCCAAAGAAGCCCAGCAGCUCGGAGGAGCCGCUGCUGAAGGAAAACCCUCGCCGCUUCGUCGUCUUCCCCAUCCAGUACCACGACAUCUGGCAGAUGUACAAGAAGGCCGAGGCGUCUUUCUGGACGGCAGAGGAGGUGGAUCUGUCCAAGGACCAGCUGCACUGGGAGUCUCUGAAGGACGAGGAGCGAUACUUCAUCUCCCACGUCCUGGCCUUCUUUGCUGCCAGUGACGGCAUCGUCAACGAGAACCUGGUGGAGCGCUUCACCCAGGAGGUGCAGGUGACGGAGGCUCGCUGCUUCUACGGCUUCCAGAUCGCCAUGGAGAAUAUUCACUCUGAGAUGUACAGCCUUCUGAUCAACACCUACAUCAAGGAGUCCAGCGAGAGGGACUUCCUGUUCAACGCCAUCGAGACUCUGCCCUGCGUGAAGAAGAAAGCUGACUGGGCUCUGAACUGGAUCGGGAACCAGAACGCCACCUACGGAGAGCGGGUCGUAGCCUUCGCCGCCGUGGAGGGAAUCUUCUUCUCCGGGUCGUUUGCUUCCAUCUUCUGGCUGAAGAAGAGAGGACUGAUGCCGGGCCUGACCUUCAGCAACGAGCUCAUCAGCAGGGACGAGGGCCUCCACUGCGACUUCGCCUGCCUGAUGUUCAAGCACCUUCAGACCAAACCGUCCUCUGAGACGGUGGUCCGGAUCAUCAGGGACGCCGUGGCCAUCGAGCAGGAGUUCCUGACGGAGGCUCUGCCGGUGAAGCUGAUCGGGAUGAACUGUGAUCUGAUGAAAACGUACAUCGAGUUCGUGGCCGACCGGCUGCUGCUGGAGCUGGGCUUCUCCAAGAUUUUCCGGGCCGAGAACCCGUUUGACUUCAUGGAGAACAUUUCUCUGGAGGGGAAGACCAACUUCUUCGAGAAGCGGGUCGGGGAGUACCAGAGGAUGGGGGUGAUGUCGGGCCCCACGGACAACACCUUCAGGCUGGACGCUGAUUUCUGAGACCUGGACCUGGAGGACCUGGUCUCCGGGGGACCUGGGGGUCCGGUUCUGGUCUCCGGGGGGACCCGG